GACUGAAGCUGCUUAUAGCGGGUGAGUGAAUGUCGAGCGGAGCAAACUAACAGAGUUAGUGGGUGUGUGAGGAGGAAUGGAGCCAGCGGUGUGGGCAGGGAGGCUUCAUAAAGAUACAGUGCAGGCUGCAGACCCCAAAUAACAAGGGUAUUAGAAGGGGAGGAUUUACAGUCAGGAAACUGAAACCAAACAUCACAUCAGACUUUGAUGGAGUCGCCCAUUCUAUCGUAACCUGAAUAUCAUUGGAUUUUGAACAUGGAGGGAAAAAGCACUGUUCACAGUGGGGAGAAACCGUACACGUGUUCUGUGUGUGGACGAGGCUUCAGCCGAUCAUCUGACCUGUCAAAACAUAAGCGCAGUCACAAUGGGGAGAAACCGUGGAAAUGUGGGGAUUGUGGGAAGGGAUUCAAUUACCCUUCCCUGCUGGAAAUUCAUCGGCGCAGUCAUACUGGAGAGAAGCCAUUCACCUGUUCCAAGUGCUGGAAGGGAUUCACUCGGUUGUCCCACCUGUUGACUCACAAGCGAGUUCACACUGGGGAGAGACCUUUCACCUGCUCUGAGUGUGGGAAGGGAUUUACAGAUUCAUCCAACCUGCUGACACACCAGCGAGUUCACACUGAGGAGAGACCUUUUAAAUGUCCAGACUGUGGGAAGUGCUGCAUAAGUUCUGGGAAUCUGAUGUCCCAUCAACGUCUUCACACUGACGAGAGACCGUUCAGGUGCUCUCACUGUGGGACCGGGUUCAGAUGGUCAUCUCACCUCACUGAACACCAGCGCAGUCACACUGGGGAGAGGCCGUUCACCUGCUCAGAAUGUGGGAAGGAAUUCACUCAGUCAUCCCACCUGCUGACACACCAGCGAGUUCACACUGGGGAGAGACCGUUCACCUGCUCCGAGUGUGGGAAGGGAUUCACUCAGUCAUCCCACCUGCUGAGACACCAGCGGGUUCACAAGUAACUACAGUGAUUGGAUGUUGUUGUGAAAUUCCAUCCGGGACUAACCAUGUUCAUUUGGGGCUGUUUCUGCUGAUGUUAGUAAACUACAGCCCAGUUAUAGUGGUUGAUAUUCUGGAUAAAAGUCAGAUAAAUCAGCUUUAUGUUCAACUCACCAUGUGUCAAGUCUUUUUAAUAUCUCAAACACAAGUUAGUUCCUUUUGAAGGGCUCUCCCUCUCCCCUGUCUCCUCCAUCCUCACCUCCAACAACAAGUGUGAGGAGCUCAUGGAGCUUCUUUGUCACUAAGAUUGAGACAAUCCGAUCAGCUGCCUCUGCUGCUUCCCUCCCUCCCACUAGCCCACCGGGACAAACUGUCUCUAAGGUUUCCUCUUGUCUGAGCCCUGAACCCACAUCUUUCUCCAGUUUCUCUCCCAUCUCCCCUCAUUCUUUCUAAGCAAAAGAUAGAGAGCUAUUCCUAUAAUAUUCAAUACAUUUCUGAAGAUUUUAUAAGGUUAAUUAGACAGUGAUUUCUUACAGAUCUCCCCACCUUGAAAAGGGAAUAUCCUGAUUGACUUCUCACAACUGAUUUCUGACUAACCUAUUUCUAAGCUCCGAGCUUGUUUUCCUAAUUUCUUGAAGACAAACUGUAGAUAACAUACUAAAACUGCCAGAAUGAUCAGAAUCAGCAACACAAAUCCUUGAGCUGCCACCAAGAAUAAAUGUCAAAAUGUGAUAACUAUCGACUUAGAUUCAUCCUCCCCACCUGCUGAUCAUCCCACACAAUUCUACAUUUUUAGCAUGUGGUAAAUACAUCUGGUUCAAACAAAAGUUCAUGCACGGACUUUAAAGAUUCUCCAUCUCUCUGUUCACCUCCAUCCACCUUGUGGAUAUUUUCUAAAUCCAGAUUCUAUUUCCCCCUUCACUUUAACUUUAGUCCCUCUGAUAGGUACCAGUGUGUUUAAUUCAAUGCUGAUUGUUUUAUAGUUAGUUUCACUAUGGAGUGUGUGUUAAUGUCUUGAUGAUUUAAAAUGUCUCAUUCAAUUUUCCACAAUAAUCACUUCAUGUUGUUCUGUUGUCGAGUAGCUGAGCAUGUCUGGGACCUGUUCUUCAGUGUAGGGUCACCAUGCAUUUCCACAUGUUAAUUACACCACAUGGAACAUAUCACAUCUGCACAGUCACGCUGUAUCCCAAUAUCAUGCUGCAUGUGCCAACCUACGCAAGUUACUCUUGGUCUUUCAGGUGAUCUUAUCAAAAUAUCAAUGGGGUGUCUGCCUGAAGAUCUUUGCUGAUCUACCCCUGCAUGGUUCUGGAGUCUCAGAUAGUGGCCAGACUCUCAAAUUCAGUUUCUUUUAAAAUACAGAGACAAGGACACAAACAUCACCAAGAGAAAUCUCUGUUUACUGGUCUCAUCUACACUUC